CAUUGAGAAGACAGUGAGUCCGCGGGGAUUCGCCGCAGUGCGUCACGUAUUUUCUUCCGGAGGUCUUUCUUGGCCGCCUGCAGAGGGGCUGUCAUCACGGGCGACUAAAAGGAAUAGAAAAAGAUAUGAUAGUGCAUAUCUGUAGCAUUAUUAUCAUUCUAACAGCCCAGAUCAAGACCAUAGGGGACGAAGUCCUAGAGCUCGUCUCUGUGAUAAGCAACAAGAUCUCCAGUUGGGAGGAGCACAUAGAACUAAUCAGACACGUUCAGAUGGCUGAAAUGGCCAGUCUCCGCAUGUUCCAGAAAUGGAAGAUCCUCGACCACAUCCCUGGUGAAGCAGGCUGGGAUGAGCAAGCUGUAGUCGAUUGUGCGGGCGACUUGGAUGAUUUCGAGGUAGUCAUGGGAAGGUUAUGCCCGAGGGAAUGUCGAUGGCGAAAGGCAUGUUUGGCGGCGGUUGAAUGUGUAGAAGUGAGGGAGGGUAAUAGUACAUUUUGUGAAGUGUUGAAUGCCUCUAUACAAGGACAAGAGUCGUUAUUUGUAAUCGCGAUAUACAAGAAGUCGACUUCAGGAGACAGGGGUAUCCCCAAAUUUGAGUGAAAUGUACGCAACCUCAGUGCCAAACCUACAUUCAACGA